AAAUGGAUGGAUGGAUGGAUGGAAUUUUUUUUUCACAACAAAAAUAAUCUGUUUUGUUUGACCUUAAGCGCUUUCCGUAGUUGAUGAUGGCACAAACGCGGAAGUAGUUUUGAAUGGUGCCUGCUAUGUUUCUAAUGGUUUGAGGUCUAUAAAGUGUACUUUACGACAGAGUGGCGGUCUAAUAGACCUUUUAAUGUUUGACAGCUGCAAGUUGAUUUAAUGCGUUGUAUUUCGGUAAACUAUAAAAAGCCGUGUGUUACCUGUCGGUGUGCUUUCAUCAAGCGAAAAUGAAAGUUCGUUCGUCCGUCUUUGCCUCGUUGAUCUUAAUAUUAGAAGUAGUUGGAGUUGCUGUCUUCCUGAGAGGAUUCUUUCCUGUGCCCGUGAAGUCGUCUCUGUCGUCCAAGAGCAGGCUGGCGGACCUGCCUCUGGAGCCGCUGACAGGCAGUCCUCCCAACUCGUCUCGCAUCCCGCAGCCCUUGUUUCAAAGGGUGGUUAUCAUGUUAGUCGAUGCCCUGCGAGACGACUUCGUGCUAGGAGCCAAUGGUCGCAUGAAUAUGCCCUACACCAGACACCUGGUGGAAAAAGGAUCAACACUUAGCUUCGUAGCAAAAGCUAGGCCCCCAACUGUCACCAUGCCCAGGAUCAAGGCUCUGACCACUGGCAGUAUUCCAGGCUUCAUUGAUGUGGUGAUGAAUUUAAAUUCUCCGGCUUUGUUGGAAGACAAUAUUAUCUGGCAAGCCAAAACAGCGGGGAAAAAAAUGAUCUUUUAUGGCGAUGACACAUGGAUACGCCUCUUUCCCAAACACUUCAUGGAGUAUGACGGCACAACCUCCUUCUUUGUGUCCGACUACACUGAGGUUGACAACAAUGUGACUCGUCACUUAGAUAACACCCUUAAGAGAGAUGACUGGGACAUUCUGAUCCUCCACUACCUUGGCCUGGACCAUAUCGGUCACAUCAGUGGACCCCACAGUUCUCUCAUUCAGCCCAAACUGCUGGAAAUGGACGACAUCCUGAAGAAGAUCCACGGUGCCCUCAUUUCAAAGGAGGCAGAAGGAUCUCUGCCCUAUCUGCUGGUUCUGUGUGGGGACCACGGGAUGUCAGAGACUGGGAGUCAUGGAGGCUCUUCAGAACCAGAGGUCAAUACCCCCCUGGUGCUUAUAAGCCCUGCCUUCAAGAGAAAAGAUGGGAUGGAGACGCCUGGAGAAGUAGAACAGGUUGAUCUGACUCCAACCCUGGCCCUUUCGCUGGGCCUGCCCAUAUCUCAGAACAGCGUGGGUCAUGUUAUUCCUGGUGUUUUGGAAGAAAGCUCACUUCGAGACCAACUGCGCUUCUUGCAUCUCAAUGGCCACCAGCUAAGCUGCCUGCUCAAAGACAGCAUCCCAGACUACCAAAAAGAGGGAAGUUUUGAACAAUACCGUGUGGCCGAAAAAGCGCAUGGAAGUUGGAUGAAGCGCUACCUGGAGGGAAACACGUCAGAGGUGUUGACUAACAUGGGUAAAAAGGUCCUGAAGCAGUACUUAGACGCCUUGGCCGCCAUGAGUGCAGCCCUCAGCAAACAGCUGGGCAAGUACGACAUGUACUCCAUGAUUGCCGGAAUGGUCUUUGUAUUUCAGCUGUUGUUAGUCUUACUGCUGGCGAUGCCCGAAGCCUUGAGUGGCGCAGCGACGGUGGACCUCCCGCUCAUCUCAGCCCUGCUCUCUUUGCCUUUCUACCUAUUGUGCCUGCUGCUUGCCUCCAUACAUGUAUUAGUGUGCACGUCCGCUGAGAGCUCCUGCUACUUCUGCAACCUGUCCUGGGGUCUUGUGUUUGCUGCUAUAGCCCUCUCUUCAGCAACGUCUUGUCUGCUGCUCUCCAAGAUAACAAGACAACUCUCCUUGAGGCCCAAGAUUAAUGGGAAGAGCAGUAGCAGUGAGUGGUCACUGUCAGAGCUGGAUGUUUUGUUGCUGACUGGCACGGCGAGUCAUACUCUCAGCUUGGCGGCCAGCAGCUUCGUAGAGGAGGAGCAUCAAACCUGGUACUUCCUGCUCAACACUCUCUGCCUAGCAGUCUUCCAGGAUGUGUGCCGCAAGUACUUCAGAGAAAAGAGCCACGCUGCAGCUGAUGAAGAAGAUUAUCUCCUUCCUUCCAAAGACUGCAAUCCCUCUGGCUACCACAAAGCAGAUAUUUACUCCGAGAAGUGGCUGGCUUUAGCCACGCCCCCCUUCACUCUGCUCUGCUGCCGCCUGCUGCGCUCCCUCAACCAGACUGGUGUGCAGUGGGCUCAUCUUCCUGAUGUGGGGCAUUGGCUGAACAGCUCCGAACACAAAGUGGUACUGUCCCUGCUGGCUGCUUUCUGUCUGGUUCUUAUCUACUUCCUGGUCCAAAGACGCUGCUCGGUGGUAUCCAAAGUUGCCCUUGCUCUUGGACUUUUGGGGGUUUACAGCUACAGAGCAGCUGUCGGAAAUGUCUCAUUUCCCUGGCAACGAUCCGUUCGAAAUAUGUCCAAGGGCACUGUGGAAGCACGCUUCGUAUAUGUGUUUGUUUUGGGUAUCCUCUUCACGGGAACAAAGGACUUGCUGCGAUCCCAAAUCAUCACAGCUGAUUCCAAACUGAAGAAUAGAGGAUUGUGGGAGAUUUACAGUGGCCUGGUCUUGUUGGUGUCACUGUUGUUCCGUGCUCACAACCUGCCAGUGCUGUGCUGCUGUCUCCUGGUCCAAACGCUGAUGGCUCAGUUCAUUUGGAAGAAGCUCCACUACGAUGCGGCACAGACCACCAUCAUGCACUACUGGUUCGGCCAGGCCUUCUUUUUCUUUCAGGGCAAUUCCAACAACAUUUCCACUGUUGACAUCUCAGUGGGGUUUGUUGGUUUGGACAGCUACGUUGAAACUCUUGCCAUCUUCUUAACAGCCCUCAGUACGUACGCUGGACCCCUACUUUGGGCGUGUCACCUCGUGUGUUACCUCAGCUCAGAGAGAGACAGGAGUCCGGUUGCCAUCGGCCACGGUUGCUACUGUUUGGCGGUGCUCAGGUCGGUGCCAGCUGCCGCCUACAUCGUCCUGGUUACUGUCCUGCGCUACCACCUCUUCAUAUGGAGCGUCUUUUCUCCCAAAUUACUGUACGAGGCCAUGCACCUUCUGCUCACCGCCGGCGUCUGUCUCGUCUUCAACGCCAUGGAGCAAAGCUCUCGCACGUUGUAGAGCGCCAAGAAGGUCAAAGGGGUUCAAUAUGAUGUUGGUCCACUUUUUGCAGCUAUUACAGCUUCACCUCUUCUGGGAAGGCUGUCCACAAGGUUGCGACCAGGCCCAACUCCUGAAAAACAACUCCACACCAUAAUUCCUCCUCCACCAAAUUUCACACUCGGCCCAAUGUACCGUUCUCCUGGCAACCUCCAAACCCAGAGUCAUCCAUCAGAUUGCCAGAUGGAAAAGUGUGAUUCAUCACUCCAGAGAAAGUGUCUCCACUGCUCUAGAGUCCAGUGGCAACGUACUUUACACCACUGCAUAAGAUGCUGUGCAUUGGACUUGGUGAUGUAUGGCUUAAAUGCAGCUGGUCGGCCAUGGAAACCCAUUCCAUGAAGCACUCUGCAUACUGUACGUGGGCUAAUUGUAAGGUCACAUGAAGUUUGGAGCUCUGUAGCAACUGACUGUGCAGAAAGGGGGCGACCUCUUUGCACUAUGUGCUUCAGCAUCCACUGACCCCUCUCUGUCAGUUUACGUGGCUGAGUUGCUGUUGUUCCCAAACUCUUCCAUUUUCUUGAAAUAAAGCCAACAGUUGAUUUUGAAAUAUUUAGGAGCGAGGAAAUUUCACGACUGGAUUUGUUGCACAGGUGGCAUCUUAACUUAAAACCAAGGGAGACAGGGGCCUUCUUUGUGGUCGGCCUUAAGCUCUGGAACACUCUGCCCCUCCAUGUUAGAACUGCUGCCACUUAACUGUGGGUGCAGUAAGUCUCAUCUUAAGACCCACUUUUUUUGAGGGGGCUUUUAACACAAUGUAAGUUGUGUGGUUUUCUGUGUUUUUUUAUUUAUUUAUUUUUCUAUGUAUUGUUUUAAUUGUUUUUACCCUUUAAAAAAGUUUAUAAUCAUAUUAAUUUUUCUAUUGGUUUAUUUUUUUAUUCAGUCAUUGGUGAGCGAAGGAUAAUAUUUGAAUAUUGUUUUUAAUAUUGUUGUGCAGCACUUUGGAAACAUUUAUGUUGUUUAAAUGUGCUAUAGAAAUAAAGUGGAUUGGAUUGAUUAUGACAGUUCCACACUGGAAAUCACUGAACUCCUGAGAGCGGCCCAUUCUUUCACAAAUGUUUGUAGAAACAGUCUCCAUGCCUCAGUGCUUGAAUUUUUACACCUGUAGUGAUUAGGACAACUGAUUCUGAUCGUUUGGAUGGGUGGCCAAAUACUUUUGGCAAUAUAGUGCAUGUGCAACAGUAACAACAUAAUUGACAAUGAGGCUCAUACCUGUAAAUAUGUGCAAGCAUGCUAACCUUUAAGCUAUCUAACAUUAUCAAGAAGCAUUUCGUAUUUUAAAUCGGUCCUGAAUAAGUAGAAUGUUUUGAUGUUGAUGAGAGUUGAAAUGUCAACGUUAUCCGAGAAAAAAAAAAAGAGUCAAAAAUAAACUGAACAUUUUGAAAGUGGAAUGCUUUGAAACGGAUGAAAAAGGUGGGAGGCAGAAGGUGCAACUAAUAAGAAUUACAAUACUGUAUUGAUGCUUUUCAGUAUAGAAUGUAUGCAAAAUACAUUGCACAUGUUGUCCAAAGUCAUGACGCAUAAUAAACAUUUCUACAAACAUUAGAUUGACGACUUGCUGACAAACAGAAACAGGUGCUCACCAUCCAACCCGGUUUAUUAAAAUUGCACAUGGAGAAGCUCCAGUAUGCUUGUCUCGCACUCUUCCUGCCAGGUUUCUGUCUUGUGUUUGAUCCAGAAUGCACAUUCAGCAACUUUUACUUAAGAAAAUGUCAACACAGUUCAGGGGACAAGUCCAAGUAUCUAAUUUAUGAAACAUGAAGGGGAAAAAGGUGCU